AUGUCACGGUCAUCGAACAAAAAACAAGAGAACAACAAGAUAGAUUGGCAAUUACCAGCUAUCUCAACCUCCGCGUCAGCUCAUAACAUUAAUAGAGAGCUCUUUGUUCUCACCUAUGGCGCAUUGGUCGCUCAGCUUUGUAAAGACUACGAAAGUGACGAUGAAGUCAACAAGUGCCUGGACACAAUGGGAUACAACAUUGGCAUUCGGUUAGUAGAAGACUUCCUGGCGAAUUCUGGUAUAAAGAAGUGUCGAAGCUACAGUGAGACAGUAGACAUUAUCGCCAAGGUGGCGUUCAAAAUGUACCUUGGUAUCACCCCUACUCUGAUUGGUGACAAUGUUGGUGGGAAUGAAUUUUCCCUCAUCCUCGAAAAAAAUCCAUUAGUUGAAUUUAUUGAAGAACUUCCAACGGGACGCUCAUCACUUUCCUACUGUAACCUACUGUCAGGAGUCAUCAGGGGAGCUCUAGAAAUGAUCCACUUACCAGCCGAUGUCACAUUUAUUCAGGACAGACUGAAAGGGGAUGAUGUAACAGAAAUAGGAAUUACAUUUUUAAGAAAGAUUGAAGAAAAAAAGACAAAACGAAAUAAGUGA